GAAGACGACGUAUCUGCGGCGCAGCUACGUGGUGCUUCCGGUGCUGCUGCUCCUGCAGGUGUUGAUGCUGGGGGCCGAGGAGAUGUACCUGCGCACCGGCACGCUGGCAUGGGCGCGCGUCGAAGCGCUGUUCCCAAAUUUCAAGACUCCUCAGGGACCGCCGGACAAGGUGAACCAGGCGAUGGUGGCAGCGGUGGACAGCGCGGCGUUCGAGAUGCACACGGCCAUCUUCGCGCAGCGACUGGCCAGCAUGGUGCUGGUUCCGGUGUCGAUGUCGCUGACCGGUUCGGCGUACGUCGACCUGCCGGUCAAGGAGCGCGUGAGCGGCCUCAAGCUGUUGCAGCUCAUGACCGGCCUGUCCUCCGAGCGAUACUGGCUGGCCACCUUCGCCACGGACCUGCUGACGCACGUCGUGUCCUCCCUGUUCUGCACGCUGCCGCUGCUGUUCCUCGACCGGGACAUAUGGUUCUGCAGGGACCACUACAAGCUCGGCACCACCUUCGGGCUGUACUUCAUGUUCGGCUGGGCCUUCUUCCCAGUGACGUACAUCUCCUCUCUCAUGUUCGAGUCGUCCCUGCUCGCCUACUUCUCUCUCGUCAGUUUCGGCGCUCUCUUCGGCACGGUGCUGAACGUGUGCAUCAGCGUGUUCGCCCCGCGCACAGUGUCGACGUACCGGCCGAGGCGCGACCUGGACGGCUACUUGGAGAUCGGCUCGCUGCCGCUGCGCAUCAUGCCCCAGUUCACGCUGGCCCGCGGGACGGGCCAGUUGCGCAGCGCGUACCUGGAGUACGUCGCCUGCUGCCACCUGGGGACGAAGUUCCUGUCGCACGUCUGCAACUACACCUUCCUCAGCCCCACGACGCGCGAGGAGGCGCACAUCGUCUCCAGGAUACUCAAGUGCUGCCAAGACAAAGCGGACAAGCCCGGCGGCAAGGAGCCGAGCAGCGAGGAGAAGAGCGUGACGGAGGAGAAGCAGUUCGUGGCGGGCCUCAUGCGCUACCUGUUGCUCAACGCGGAAGUCAAAGGAAAAGGGCCGCAGGCCUCGCGCUCCUCCGAAGGGGACGCCAGCGGCCGAUCCAGCGCCGGGACAGCCGAAUCGGUCGCCGACCUGCACCGUGCGCCCGCCGGUCUCGUGGUGCUCGAGGCGACCAAGACGGGCACGCUGGGGCCUCUCAGCUUCCACGUGCCGCCGGCCGAGGUGUUCGGCAUCCUCGGCCUGGGCCAGGCCGGCCGCUCGCUCCUGCUGCGCAUCAUCGCCGGCAUCGUGCGCCCCGACGCCGGCAACGUCUUCAUCAACGGCAUCGACGCCCGCCGACGGCCGCUCAACUACCAGCAGCAGGUUGGCUACUGCCCCCAGCAGGACCCUCUGCUGGACAAGUACACGGGCGAGGAGCUGGUGCUGCUCAUGGCGCGGCUGCGCGGAGUGCAGAAGCAGGAGCUGCAGGCCGAAGUGCACUACCUCGACUCCCGUCUCGGGCUGCGCAAGGCGCUGUCGCUCACGGUCUACAACUGCUCAAGCACGCACCGGCGCAAGCUGACCGUGGCCAUGGCGCUCGCGGGCCGACCACCUGUGCUCGUUCUGGACGAGUGCACGGCGGGUGUGGACCCAGCCACCCGGAGCCGCCUCUUCCAGUCGCUGGGACGGGUGCACAACGAGUGCAACCUCACCGUACUCUUCACCUCGCGCCGUAUGUCCGAGAGCGACAUAUUCUGUGACCGGCUGGCCAUCCUUUCGUACGGGAGCUUCAUGGUGCUGGGCCGCACGGUGGACAUCAAGCAGACGUGCGGCCAGCGCUGCAAUGUGGUCAUCAAGAUGAGCAGUGACCAGCACGGAAAGAAGGUCUCCAAGCUGAUCUCGCGCGCCGUCGGCGACAUGUUCCCCAACUCCGUGAUCGCCGAAGUCCGAAAGGACCAGGUCUGGUUCCGCAUCCGGGAUGACGCCAUCUACUGGAGCGAGGUGUUUGAAGGCCUGGAGACGCUCAAGAAGCGCCUCAAGUUCGGCGACUACCUGGUGAACGACAUGUCGCUGGGCGAGAUCUACCUGGGCUACGCGCGCGAGAGAAAGAUGGUCGACUUCGGCACCAUCGAGAUCAAGUACUUCGACAAGCUCAAGCCGCCCUCGGAGCUCGAGACGCCGUUGGCCGGCGCGCCGCCGCCGCUGCCGCAGCUUGGCAACGCGUGAAGACGCGUGGCGCCGUUUGCUGCGGCGGCAGGGCGCGCCACAUCGCGCGUCAGCGCCUGCAGCGCGCCAGAGUGCGCAGCGUUCUCGCUGGCGGCCGCUGCAGGCCGCUGUACAUAUCAUAUCACGGCGCGUUCGCUGGGCGCCUAAUGCAAAAGCUGCCAUUAUUCAGCUGCCACGUAAAAAAAAACUAUUAAAAAGCGCUUACGUUGUCCUUGUUUAAGCACUUUCCCGACACGUGAGGCACGUUUGAAUGAUGUUUCAAGAUAGACCGUGUCGUUACCUUACGUACAGGUAAAAAGGAAAGAAAGCAAAUAACGGUAUUUUGCACGGAAUGGUAGACGCUUCAAAGUCCAGAGCACAUGCACAAUGCCUCCGGCUCCAAUGGCGGGAAGCUUGCAAAGCUAAGAGACCUAACUUGACCACAUUCGCAUUCGUAGCUUUCUACGCACCCUAUAACCACGCACAGCACACAAAAAACAAUGCUUCCAGCUGCAGCAUUAGCAAAAAUGAUGUCUUGGCCAAACACGUGCUUCCAGCUCCAACGGCGUGAAACAUUGCAGAACAAUAUGACAGACUUAAUCCAAUCUAAUCUAACCUGACCUGACUAAACCAAAGCUACGGUAACGAAGCUUAGAGACAAGACCGCGAGGAAAAAAUUUAGAGGCACUUAAGUCUCCUUACCUGCAUUGAAUGCGCAAGCAGUACGACUCUUCCGCGCAAUAUUUUGCACUUGGUCAUGUGCACGAAUUGGGCAAUGUCAGUUUUGAGGCUGGGCCAAGUCAAUUUUGGAUUGGACCAGGUUGGUUUUGAACGUGGGCCAACUCAUUUUUCGAAUUGGGCAAAUUCAAUAUUGGGGUGGGCCACGGCGUCUGUUGGAUUUCGCAGUGGGAGCCGCAGCAGGUCUAGCGCCGGGAACGUGACGUCAUCACUUGGUCACGUUGGUUUCAGCUUUCUGCGUCAUAUAUUGUUUUCAC